AGCACCCAUUACCUGAACCUGAUUUUCAAGUAACAGAGCUGGGUGAUGGUUCAUUUAAAUUUCAAGGGACAUUCAGCACCACCGAGUAUGAAACGUCACGCCAAGAGGUGAAAUUUAAGCUCAACGACAUUUGUCCGGGCCUCUUUUCCUUUCAUCUUUCCCGGACGUCCUAUCAACCGAACCAACUCGGUGCUGAUUGCGAAACUUCCUCAUUUAGCUUUGAAGUUAUGGUCGAACUCUCCUUGGAGAACAUGUCAUCGUGUUCCGUUUGCUCUGAGGAUAGUUACCGCAAGCCAACUGCUGUUUGGGCCAGCAUCAACACUCAGAAAAUCGUUUUGGAGCCGUUUUCUCCAGGUCAAUGGAAGUCCGCUAAAAUGCCCCUUGUAUCUCCACCUUCGGAGUUGCAGCAAAUGAAGAUCCCUUGCGUGCUGUGGAUUAACUUUUCAAGAACUUAUGGCGAGAUGAACGCACAGAUGCAAUUCGUGAGUUUGUACGUCAAUCAGUUGAACUGCGAUGUUACAUUCCAUUUCGACACAGCCGAAAAAGACGAGUCCAUCGGCGGUCAUGUCAAUAUUUUGUCGGUUAGAAGCUCCGUCUUCGCAGCCAUGUUCCAGAGCGGAAUGCAAGAAACAAACACGAGAAAAGUUUGCAUCAAAAACAUCAAACCUGAUAUUUUCAAACAAUUGCUCCAUUACAUUUACUCUGGUCAAACAUCGUCAAAGCUGUCAGAGGAAAACGCCCAGUCUUUGUUUGUUGCGGCCGAUAUGUACGACGUUGACGACCUGAAAUACGAAUGUGUCCGAUUCUUGUUAUCUUGCAUCACAUUGGAGAAUGCUAUUAAUCUAAUGGCGUGGGCUCACGUUCACUCAAUCGAUUCCCUUAAAGAAGCAACACUCACUUUCGUAGAAUCACGUGGAAGAGAAAUAUGCAAACAAGAUGACUGGGAGAGGCUGACCAAGAAUUAUCCAGAUCUUUGUUUGUUGGCCACUCGACGUAUGUUGAAAUAACAAUCUAUGCUGUCAGAUUAUCUAUAUGUUGAAAAUUAAAUCAAAUUUUUUAUUUGGGGUGUU